GAAGGAACCACUCUUUCAAAAUUAUCUGUAAAUUAAAUUGUUGAAACUACAAUAAAAUCUUUAAAAUAUGUUUCACACCUGUAAUAACAUAUGGUGCAAAAGUAAUGGUGUAAAUGUCGAGCAUUAUGUCUCUAUCGGUGAGUUAUAUUCAAUAUUUUGAGUUGUGUUAUGCCCUUCUUUGCUCAUCUGCUUUGCAUUCCAAUCAACAUGAUCUUUUUAAGUAAAACAAAAAUGUUUUUCUUUUAUUUAUUUUUUUCUUGCUCAAAAAGACACGUAAAUUAACACGGAAUAACAGGAUGUGAAACAUUUGUUUUGUAUAUAUCAACUAUAAUUCGAUUUUUUUUUCCUCACACAUCUCUUCUAUAGCGUCCAUCUUCUUUUUUUAAACACACUUUACAUUUACGGCUACUCUGUCUAUUUUUAUACCUUGUAUAUUAGAACGAACAAUGAGUUGUUUUUUGUUGGUGCUUGUGUUUUGCGUCUCUCUCUCUCUCUCUCUCUCUCUCUCAGAUUUAUCUCGGCAUUGCAUUUGUUUUUUUUCAUCUUCUAGAGUUUUUUUCUCUGUCUCUCUCUGUUUGGUUUUUUUUUGUAGUGUGAACUGACUCUAAACACAUAGUUUUUUUUUUUCUUUAAAUAAUCAUCACUCUGCUUAAGCUAUUAUCUCGUAAUAUAUUAAACAUACUUCAUCUGCUUUCUCUUUUCAUUUUCAUUUUUGUAUUGACAGAACAAAUAAAAUAAACAUCAUUCUUUUACGUAUAUACGUCGAAUUUGUGGAAGUGUCAACUUUGACGUCUCAUAUCAAUUUUAGAUAAUGAUCGAUGAAACUGUCUUUAUUGUUAAAACACAUGUGUCAUUAGGCUUAAAACAAACAUUUUCAAAUCGAUUAACUCGAGUUAUUUCCUAUGGCGGUGCCAUCGUCAUUUACGAUACAAUCAGUAUUCUCUAUGGUUCACGCGAAACGAUCAAUUAUUAUGUUUUAUUAUUUUUUUUGUGGAAUGUUCAUUUUUUAAAACGUUUAAUAGAAAGUAUAUUCGUUCAUAAAUUUCGUCAACAAAAUACACCAAUAUUUGAAGCUAUCGGAGAAUUUAUUUACUAUUAUUUAUUUGCAUUUUGGAUAACAUAUUCAAUUCAUAAACAAUCAUUAGUUUUUACCACAAGUCCAUAUCUAUUGGCAUUUUUUUGUACAUGUUUAUUUAUUGUGUGUAUGCUUAUUAAUGGCUAUUGUCAUUUAAAAUUACGUUUUAAUUAUAAUUUAGCAAAUGAUCGUUAUUUGAGUGGACUAUUUUUUGAUCAAGUAACAACUCCUCAUUAUACAGCUGAAAUAGUCAUGUGGUUAGCCUAUUUUGGAAUUAACUUAACAUUGGCUUCUUUUCUAUUUGCUGUUGCUACUUUUAUCACUGUUACAUGUUUUGCUAAUCAGAGACAUCAACAAUAUAAGAAAAGAUUCAAAAAUAAAUAUCCAAAAAAUCGAAAAUGUAUCAUACCGUUUUUGUUUUAA